UUUCUUCUUUUUCUAAAAACAUUGUAUGGGUUAAGACUCAAUAACAUAAUAAUGUCAAACCCAUGGGAUCAAGUUUCAAUUGGAGUUUCUGAGUUAAAUGUUGCAGCGAAACCUUUUGUUCCAAAUGUGAAUGCUGCAGCCUUUGUCCCUUCGUUUAUUAAAUCAGCACCUACAACCCAACUUCCUGUUGUUCAAACUCCUGUUGUUCAAUCUCCUAUUCUCCCAGAUGUUUUGGUGCCAACUGAAGAUAUUGUAGAUGACUGGGACAAUAAUCCAGCAGAAGAGACCAAAGUUCCUGAUGUUGAAGUUUUUCAGGAUGACAGUAAAUGCCAUGAGGUUUGUGACAUACCUUCUGAAGUUGCAGUUGAAGAAGAAAGUAUAGUUCUAACAGAUACUGUAGGCUGUAAUUUAGAGGAAGAACAAGUUGAAUCACUGGCUGAAAAAACAAGGAAACCUGCAAAAAGCUUUUCUGCACCCAUUGAACCAGAUGACAAAAAGGAUACUAUUAAUAUAAUUUUUAUUGGGCAUGUUGAUGCUGGAAAGUCAACUAUUGGUGGCCAGUUAUUGUUUCUUACUGGCCAAGUAGAUAAGCGAACUUUGGAAAAAUAUGAGCGUGAAGCAAAGGAAAAAAAUAGAGAAACAUGGUAUUUGUCAUGGGCAUUAGACACAAACAUAGAAGAAAGAAAUAAGGGAAAAACAGUUGAGUGUGGACGUGCUUCAUUUGAUACUGAGUCUAAACAUUUUGUACUUCUUGAUGCUCCUGGCCACAAAAGUUUUGUUCCAAACAUGAUUGGUGGUGCUGCCCAAGCUGAUGUAGCAGUUCUUGUUAUUUCUGCUAGAAAAGGGGAGUUCGAAACUGGUUUUGAAAGGGGUGGCCAAACUCGUGAACAUGCUAUGUUGGCUAAAACAUGUGGUGUAAGAUUUUUGAUAGUUCUCAUAAAUAAAAUGGACGAUUUGACUGUGAAGUGGGAUAAAGAAAGAUAUAACGAAAUUGUGUCCAAACUAACACCUUUUCUAAAGAAAACUGGGUUCAAAGCCUCAGAAACAAUUUAUAUGCCAUGUUCUGGUUUUACUGGACUAAAUUUAAAAGAUCGUCUUACUUUGGAACAAUGCCCCUGGUAUCAAGGUCCUUCAUUUUUAGAACACUUAGAUCAAUUACCUAGUUUUAAAUGGCCAUAUGAUGAUCCAAUAAAAGUUUUAGUAAGUGAGCGUUAUAAAGACAUGGGUACAAUAGUUAUUGGUAAAAUUGAGUCAGGAAUUAUACGUAAAGGGGACACUUGUACUUUAAUGCCAAAUAAAAAUUCUGUAAAAGUCAUAGGUAUAACAGGAGCAGAUGAAAUUGAAAAAAAUAUGUGUAAAGCUGGAGAGAAUGUUAAACUAAAAUUAUCUGGCGUUGAGGAAGAUGAAGUUGUUCCUGGUUUUGUUUUAUGUCACCCAGAUCAUCUCUGUAAUACUGCAAGAGUAUUUGAUGCACAAAUAGUAGUGUUAGAACACAAAUCUAUCAUAUGUGCAGGUUACAAAGGAGUUCUUCAUAUUCAUAAUGCAGUUGAAGAAGUCAUACUUGUUGGUUUAAUUCACACAAUAGACAAGAAAACCGGAGAGAAAAGCGCACAACGACCAAGGUUUAUUAAACAAGAUACGGUUGCUGUUGCUCGAUUUAAAACUGCGAAUCUCAUUUGUAUGGAAACAUUUGCAAACUUUGCACCUAUGGGACGUUUCACACUUCGCGAUGAAGGUCGUACAGUCGCUAUGGGUAAAGUGCUUUCUUUGCACCACAAGAAAGAAGAAACAGAAAGCGAAAAUAAAUAAGUCUUAUAUUUUUAAAUGAAUUGAAAUCAAACAGUCUUUCGAAUGUGCUGGUUUAUUUUUAGGAAACAAAAACAGUGAUUUCUGGUUACAACAAACCUAAAAUAAAAAUGUUCUAUUUAGAGAUUAUCCGUAAA